AUGCGGUCGGGGCUCCGACGCCUCGCUGUGCCCGCUGCGCUGACCGCUGCCGCGACGACGGCGCUCGGUGCCGGCCGCUUGGUGGCCUCUCAGAGCGGUCACGUCGCCGCGGCGAGCGCGGAGGCCGACGCCUCGCCGGCGAUCGACGCGGACUCGGCGGCGGCGUCUCCGAGCGGCGAGCGGCGUCCUCCGCCCGCCUGGGUGGCGCACCGUCACCCGAGCAUCCUGAUCAAAUACUUUGACGCUCGAGGCGUGAUGGAGGUCAGCCGGCUCGCCCUCGCGCUGGGCGGCGUCGCCUUCACCGAGACGCGCUGGCCGCUCGACGUCUCCAAGAUGGAGGACGGGCUCGCGGUGGCGGCGCCAGAGUACUGCGCGGCGGUGGACAGCGGCGAGCUGGACGCAAACCUCGGACGCGGGCCGGUGGUGGUGGUGGGGGGCGAGACCGUGCUCGCCCAGUCCAAGGCGAUCGAGCGCUUCUUCGCGCGCAUGCUCGGGCUGAUGGGCGAGGACGAGCUCUCCGCCGCCGCGGUGGACGCCUUCACUGAGCACGUGCGCGACCUCAAGGAGAAAUACCAGCGGGCGCGCGGCGCGGGCGGAGCCGAGCGCGAGCGCGCGCUCGCCGACUUUUAUGGGCAGACGCUGCCCGACUUUCUGCAGCAGCUCGAGAAGACGGUCGCGCCGGGCGGGCACGUCGUCGGCGGCCACCUGUCGCUCGCCGACGUGACGCUGUACCAGACCUUCACCGACUACUUCGACGACCCGGCCAAGGCGGCGGCGGCGAUGCUCGGCUGCCCGCGGCUGCUGGCCGCCUUUGACGCCGUCGAGUCGCACCCGAGAGUGAAGCAGUACAUGGCGGGACGCAAGCAGACGAGGCUGUGA